AUGAUGAAAGCAGGGGCUGAUUUGCAAUUUCCACCGGGAUUUAGAUUUCAUCCGACGGACGAGGAGCUCGUCCGCAUGUAUCUCUGCCGUAAAUGCGCGUCGCAGCCGAUCGCUGCUCCUAUCAUCACUGAACUCGAUUUGUAUAGAUAUGAUCCUUGGGACCUUCCCGACAUGGCUUUGUACGGAGAAAAGGAGUGGUAUUUUUUCUCACCACGAGACCGGAAGUACCCAAAUGGUUCAAGACCGAACCGGGCAGCUGGUACUGGCUAUUGGAAAGCUACAGGUGCUGAUAAACCGAUCGGUCGUCCUAAACCUGUCGGUAUAAAGAAGGCUCUAGUGUUUUAUUCCGGAAAACCUCCAAGAGGAGAGAAAACCAAUUGGAUUAUGCAUGAAUACCGGCUCGCAGACGUUGACCGGUCGGUUCGGAAGGGAAACAGUUUAAGGCUGGACGAUUGGGUGUUGUGUCGUAUAUACAACAAGAAAGGUGUCAUAGAGAAGCGACGGAGUGAGGUAGCGAACGGUCAUGUGAUGGCUCCGGUUAUGUUAAACUUCGACAAACCGGAAUUGAUCGGCGGCGGGUCGAGCUGCUCGGACCAACGAGUGGUGUCUCCGGAGUUCAGGUGCGGGGCGAAGACCGAACCGAGUAGAUGUAGCAACGCCCUCGAAGUUCCGUUUAAUUACGUAGAUGCCAUCGCAGAUAACGAGAUUGUGUCGCGGCUAUUGGGCGGGAACCAGAUAUGGUCGACGCUUGAUCCACUUGUUGUUCGGCAGAGAACUUUCUAAGCUGUCACGUGCGAGUUGGUGGAAACUACCAACCACGGGCAUCGCACGUGCCGGUAAACCGGUUUGAAUCCACUAUGCUGAACCGGAAGGGAACGGAUUGGGGUUUUUUUGGCAACAAUUAAGCCUUCGUUUUGCUCCUUGA